AUGUCGGGUGAAAUUGACAUCUUUGACGAUAACGAGGCGCAAUUGUCUCAAGAUCUUGGAGAUGACGUUGUCCAAGAGGUUUUGAAGACUGGUACAGAUUUACGUCAAUAUUCCAGACAAAUUGAAAAAGAAUUGAAAGAGGUGGAGAAUAAAUCUAUUCAGGAUUACAUAAAAGAAAGCGAGAACAUUGCAAGUCUUCAUAAUCAAAUCGCUGCGUGUGAUAAUAUUUUAGAGGUUAGGAAAAUGGAAUCCAUGCUAAUGAGCUUCCAAUUAGAUUUAGGAAGUAUUAGUUCGGAAAUACUUUAUCUGCAACGCAAGUCUGUUGCAAUGAGCCAACAAUUGUCUAAUAGGCAAAUAAUUAGAGGGCCUCUCAGUCAAUUUAUUGAAGAUAUGACAGUGUCUGAAGCUCUCAUCGCAGGGAUUAUGGAUUGCCCCGUGACUGAAAAAGAAUUUUUAACCCAACUGCAGACGUUAAACCAUAAGAUAAAUUUCGUAAAGGAGCAGAGUUUUAAAGAAGCAAAGUCAUGCUUGGAUGUAAAAGACAUAUUAGAGAAACUGAAAGUAAAAGCACUAGCAAAGAUCAGAACAUAUCUUUUGGAGCAGAUUUAUAAGUUCAGAAAACCAAUGACAAAUUACCAAGUGCCACAGAAUAACAUGUUGAAGUAUAAAUUUUUCUUUGAAUUUAUUUUGGCAAAUGAAAGGAAUGUAGCUGAAGAAAUUUGCGGAGAAUACAUUAACACAAUGAGUAAAAUAUAUUAUUCGUAUUUUAAGUCAUAUUCUUCAAGAUUAAUGAAACUGCAGUUUGAAGAAGGAGCGACUAAAGAUGAUUUGAUGGGAGUCGAAGACACAGCAGGAAGAGGUAUUUUUCAUAAAACAACAUUGAAGCAUAGGGGUACAGUAUUUUCUAUAGGUAAUAGAGGAGAUGUAUUAACUUCUCAAUUGGAAGCACCCAUUAUAGUACCUCAUACUGCAUCUAAAACAAGAUACCAUUAUGAAGCUUUGUUUAGAAGUGAACAAUAUGCUCUUGUAGAUAACGCUUGCAGAGAAUAUUUAUUUCUAACUGAAUUUUUCAAAGUACGCGGUGUGCAGGCAAUGGACAUUUUUAAUCAGGUGAUGGGAAAGACAUUAAAUCUAAUGGUGAAAAAUCUGCAAUCUUUUGUGGAAGAUUGCUAUGAUACCAUUGCCUUAUUUCUUUGUUUACAUUUAAUAUUACGAUACAAUUUAACUUGUCAUAAAAGAGCAGUACCAGCUUUGGAUAAAUAUUGGGAUAACAUGACAUCAGUAAUUUGGCCUAGAUUACACGAAGAUAUGCUGAAUUUAGUGCCGCAAUGGUUAGUGUAGUUGAAGGAUUUCCUUGUGAAGGAGCCACGCAAUUAUUAGCAGAAUUACGAGAAGCCGUGCAAUGUUUCCUAUUAAGAAUGGCUGCUACAUUUUCCACUAGGAUUCAGCAAUUAGUUUUUCUCAUCAAUAAUUAUGAUUUGGUUCUUGGUGUAUUGAUGGAAAGAACACGUGAUAAUUCAAAAGAAGCAGAAAGUUUUCGCGACCAGUUAAAUGCACGUUCGUCAGAAUACGUCGAGGAAAUUUUAAGUCCACAUUUUGGAGGUAUAAUACAGUUUGUCAAAGAAUCUGAAGUAAUGAUCGAAAAGGGUCAAACUGACGAAUCGAAACGACAGGAGGGAAAAGCAUUAGCUCUCGUACAAUCUUUCACAAAUAAUUGGAAACGUGCAUUAGAAGAAAUUAAUCACGAAGUACUGAAAUCUUUUCCUAGUUUAGUACUUGGUACAGCACUCGUACAACGUGCAAUGACACAGUUAGUGCAAUAUUAUCAUAGAUUUCAUAAGAUCUUACCGCCAAAUGCUCGUACACAGUUAACAAACUUUCAUCACAUAAUGGUGGAAAUGAAAAAAUAUAAAGCGAAUUAUUAAAAAAGAUGGUGGUAGAAUUUUUGUUGAAAUUGGACAAAAUUAUAAUGAUGUAUAAGAUUAUAUUAAUUUUAUUAAAUAUUAAAUUUGUUC